AUGAAGCUUAGUAGGCCAGACAGAAGCACAAGGACUAACGAGUUGAAAUACCAGACCAUAAUAGACAUGCUCAAAGGAGUAGGCAAGAAGACCAAGCUGCUCACUCGUUUCUCCACAGUCGGCGGUGAAAAGGGCUCGGCAGAUAGUGCACGAGACCCUCGCGGCUUCGCUAUCAAGUUUUACACUGCAGAAGGGAAUCUAGACUGGGUUUUCAACAACACCCCCAUCUUCUUCCUGCGUGACCCUGCCAAGUUCCCUAUCUUCAUACAUACCCAGAAACGUAACCCGCAAACAAACCUCAAAGAUCCAGAUAUGUUCUGGGACUAUCUGUCUACACACCAGGAGUCCGCCCAUCAACUCAUGCACUUAUUUUCGGACCGUGGCACGCCUUAUUCUUACCGCCACAUGAACGGCUACUCUGGCCACACGUACAAGUGGAUUAAACCCGACGGCGGCUUCAACUAUGUCCAAAUUCAUCUUAAGACCGAUCAGGGUAUCAAGAACUUCACCAACGACGAGGCGGUCCGAAUGUCUGCUGAAAACCCAGACUGGCAUACCGAGGAUCUCUUCAAUGCCAUCAAGGCUGGCCAGAACCCAUCUUGGACAUGCUAUGUUCAGGUCCUCUCCCCAGCCGACGCCGAGAAAUUCCGGUGGAAUAUCUUUGACCUCACCAAGGUCUGGCCACAUGGCGAAGUCCCUCUCCGCCGCAUUGGCAAACUUACUCUGAACAGAAACCCAGAGAACUACUUUGCCGAGAUGGAGCAGGCUGCAUUCUCACCUUCCCACCUUGUGCCGGGUGUCGAGCCCUCAGCUGAUCCAGUAUUACAGUCCCGUCUGUUCUCUUACCCAGACACCCACCGCCACCGUCUAGGUACGAACUACACCCAGAUCCCAGUGAACUGCCCGCUGAAGGUAUACACGCCUUACCAACGAGAUGGCCACAUGUCUGUUGACGGCAACCAUGGCGCAAACCCCAACUACCCGUCUAGCUUCAGGAAAGUGGCGUUCCGCCCCGUUCGUGCCAGCCAAGAGCACGAGAAGUGGGCUGGAGCUGUCCUUUCAAAGCAAAUACCCGUUACCGACGAAGAUUUCGUGCAGCCAGGCAGGCUGUGGGAAGUUAUGGGUAAGGAGAAGGGGCAACAGGAUAAUUUUGUAGGAAACGUGGCAGGCCAUUUGGCGGGAGCUAACGAGAAGGUCAGGAGAGCCACUUAUGAAAUGUUCCGCAGGGUCAACCAAGACCUUGGAGCCAGAAUAGAGAAAGCCACUGAAAAGGAGGUCUCUUCGAAACCACAGCCGCGUCUCUAA